CAUUUCUCCACCAUGCAAAAAAAGACAUUGAAAGGAGCAACAGAAGAUAAACUAAUAGAAAGAAUUCCAAUUGCCAGCAAGGAGGCAGUGGACUUCCUUUCACUCAUUGAAAUAAAAGAGAUUCAACCCUGCCUUUUUGAAGAAUCACUGGUGACUAUUUCAGAGACUGGAGAGACUAUAGGGACGUUUGACAUCUCGGUGAAGUGGGCCUGCUAUUCGCUGGAUGACUGGCAAGAGGAAGACUGUUUCCUGGUCCAUGCAAAUAGCAAAGGGACCAUUGAUGGGGUACCUUGCAAAACCUCCCUUACAGGAUAUGUAACAAAGAAACUGGAGAUUUUGGAGCAGCACACUCAGGAAAGUGUGAGGUUCAGAGAUCAUCCAGUGGAAACCAGGACCCAAGUGGUGAAGCAGCAUGGCCAGCUUUGUGUGACCAAAACCGUAGUGGAAAGAGAUGAAGAGAUCCACGUCGACACAUUUUCUUACAGAUGCGCACAACUUCAGGGCCUCAUCUCAGAAUCUGCCAACUUCCUGGUGCUGCGAGUGAUGGCCAGGAGGCAGUCCUUGCCACGAGAUGCUAUUUUCCUCUCAUUUGACUCUGACCAGCACAUCUGUACCUCUACCUACAAUACCCUUGGCUUCCAGAAGCAGCAAGUGAAAAAAGAGGAAGUGAAUGUGUUUGUGAUUGAAAGGACUGUACACUCUGUGGAGGUCCCCCCACUGAACUGGCAGUUCUGCUUCCUACCAGAUGGGCAUUUAUCUCGCCGUGUACAAAUUGGAUCCCCGGCCACCAUGGUGAUCCUGAAGAUGCCCAUUUUGAUUGACAAAGAUGAACCAGACCCUCGUCCCAUCUUUGAAAAAGUCCUCUUAGACUGGGAAGAGGAUCCUGAAUUAUAUUCCAAGUUCUUAGACAGAAAGGAAGAGCUACAAGCAAGCCAUGCUACCUAUGUGCGUCGCCAUCCAGAACUCAGUGCCUUGCUGGCAGAUUUCUUGCAACUGCUUCUCCUUCGCAAGCCCGAUGAUGUGGUCACCUUUGCCGCUGAAUUCUUUGCCCCCUUUUCUGCCCAACAGCCGCCAUGCAGAUCAUUUCAGUCAUCUGACAGGCCCAGCCCCUUUCGCAGCCAUGUCUAAAGUGACUGCAGCAAAAAUAAUAAAGAUCCAGGGAAUAACUCGGGAAUUUGGGAGAGCUAUUUCUGGAAGCUGUUGGAGUGCCUUGUCUAGAGAGUUCUACGGUCCCCCCUUUACCAUGAAUGGUGGAAACUCCAUUUUGGCCAUCCUGUCUCUCAAAUGGUGUUUGGAGUGCUUCUGCAAGUAAAAGCUGCUGAGCUACUGAGGCUGUAUUUGGGGAGACAGUGCUUAUAGUAUUGUACUAUAUUGUAUUUUAAUCAAAAAUGAUGGGCAGCAAUGCCAAACUCUAUAAACAGCCUUUUGUUGUUAAAGAAAUUAACCACCUAAAAAAACUA